AUGGAUUAAUAAUUAACUAAAAAGUUAAAGAAGCAAUAGGUCUAGAAGAUUUAAUUUCAUCAAUUGCAUGAAUUUGCUGGGUUCUAGGUUGCCAAAGACAUUCAACCAUCAGAUUCAGAACCUCAAAGAAGAAAACCUUAGUAAUUGACUUCAUAUCAAGCGCAAAUUCGGCAACAAUCAUACAUGAAAUCCAAAUUUUAAUUGGUCUUACUUUAACAACCCAUCAAAGAAGUUAGGUGGGAUGAUGUGUAUUAAGUAAUUUACUCGACAACUCAAGAUAUUACUUGUCCUAUUUGUAUAAGCGAUCAUGACAUCAUAACUCCUUACAUCACACCAUGCGGACACAUAUAUUGUCUUCCAUGUUAUUAAAGACACAAACUUCAAUCAAAAUUUAAUUAAAAGUGCCCUCUGUGUGGAGAACUGGCAAUAUUGUCUGAAUUGAAAUCGGUGAAAAUUAUCAAGCACAAAAUUAAAAAUGUUGGAGACACUGUACUUUUAAAUCAAAUUUAAAGAUAUAAAAAUGAAACAGAAUUAUAUAUUAAUGGAAGAGAAUCAAUCGUCUAUGCAAGAACUUUAAUUGCCAAUGAAUCCUAUUUAUUGAAAAUUUUUGAAGAAGAAAUUUAAUAACUAUAACACUAUAUCGAGUUUUGUGAGACUGAAAUUUAGGAGCCAAUCCAAUAAUCUAUAUAAUUUCUUUUAGAAAGAUAAGAUAAAUUACCAAAAAGGAACCUUGAUAAUAAACCUGAAAUUGCACUUAAGUCAUUCUCUCAAAAAUAAAAUGAAGUUAUUUAUAGAUUUUUUUAAGAUUCAAAUGGGCUUUUAGGAUUUUUGCAUCCUUUAUGUCAUAAAUAUAUUGCUCUUUAAUUUGGAAAUGAUAAUAUUCCUCAUCAAAUUGAAUCAUUCUUAAUCUAAAAAGAUCAAUUUACUUAGAAUGGAAAAACUUAAACUAAAUAUAAAUUUCUUUCUCAUAUUCCACUGAAUACAGAAUUCUAUUUUUAUGAAAUUGAUUUAAAAUAGAUUUUAAAUCAAGAUAAUUUUAAGGAAUAUUCACGAGAAAUUUCAGAUCUAAGAGAGAGAUAGAGAAAAGAAAAAUUAAGACAAGAGGAAAGAUUUAAUCAAAUUCAAGCUUAAUAGAUUUAAAAAUAAUAUAUAAUUGAAAAUGGAGGUGAUUACAAUUAUUAAAAUUUAUAAGAGGAUGAAUUAGAAUUUGAUGAAUAAAAUUUUCCAGAGUUGCCAGGUGUUAAAAAUAUAAGUUAAUAAUAAAAUGAUGUACAAGAUGAUAAAACAGAAAUCGAUUAAUAAUAAUAAUAAUAAUAGUAAUAAUAAUAACAAUAAUAAUAAUAAUAAUAAUAACAAUAAUAAUAAUAAAAAUAAGAGAUUAAUCUAGAUUUAGAAUCUUAAUUUCCAAGUUUAAAUGAAGAAUGUUCGCAAAUUAAAAUUAAUCCAUUUUCAAAAACAUGGGGUUUAUAAUAACAAAAAACUGAACAAAAAGUUGAAAUCGAGUAACCGAUUAAGAAAGAGACCACAAAUCAAGAAGUAGUCAAACUAAGUGAUUUAGAUUUUCCUGUAUUUGUUAAAUAAAAAAAUAAAAAGAAGAAGCAAAAUUAAAGAGAUUGA